UCUCCAGGCAACGGGGAUAACAGAGGUGGGCAGACAGCGCCUGCGCGGACGGCGGUUGGGUUUAGUCAGGUGUGGAAAGCUAGGUCUUGGGGAUUUACCCCAGCAGGAGCGGCCCCCAAGCGCCUCAGUGUAUGGCAGAUCCGAUACCGGUGUGGAGGAAGGCCAGUGGCAGAGCACCUGUGUCCCGUUCAUGUUUCGGUCCUGGGACUUAACAAUGUCUGGCACCCAGUCAUCACUCACUCAGUGCUUAUUGAAGGAAAGUCGUGGCUGGUCCAGCACUACAGUCCCGAGAAACGUUUAAAGGGAACGUGGGCUUCGGUCCAGGCCCUGAAUGGCUGGUCUCCAGUUGGCCGCACAUCUGCCUGUGGGCGUUAUGUUCCCACAUAAUAAAACAGAAGCGCCAGGGCUCCACUCAGCUAAGCACGACCCUUACGGACAAGGUGACUCUUCCCAGCGAUCCUCGAUGGGCCACUUGAGGGACAGUCUCCAGCAGAAGUUUUGGAGCAGCACAGAGCUGGGGCGAGAGGAGGAUGUCUCCACUCACCCCAAAAGGAACGUCCGCACAAAAGCCCGGAGGCACUCCUGUCCCCACAGUGCCAGCAUCAGCCAGCAAAGCUCAGGAAGCAAUCCCCAGGGCCAAGGAAAGGGUUUGUUUCCCUUGUCAAGCCCUCAACCCCGGUACCCCAAAGCAAACAACCAGGACUUCAUUCCCCUUAGGAAGAAACGAGUUGGAGUGGAUCGGGCAUACCCACUGAAGCCCAUGGUCCACCGGAAGUCUCAUAUAGGUGAGCCAGGCGCUGAUGGGGACCAGAAUGUCUACCCAAGACUUCCUGAGUUUUCAGACAGCGACUUUGCUUUGAGGAGCUGGGUGAAUCCAUCUAUUCGCGCCUCUGUGCAGGCAGAGAAGGUCAUGGCAGACCUCCACAGGACCGAGUGGACACAGAUCCAAAGACUAGAAGCUGCAGGGGAGACUUUACGGAAGGAAAUCCGAAGGAAGGAGAUCCUCCUGAGAGAGAAGCUGAGGAAGACAGAAGAGGGUCUCCGAAGGAUUCAGAAGGAACAGAAACAGGCCCAGGAAAAUGAAGAGAGAGAACUGCAAAGAACGACAGGACCUGGGGGGAGAGUUAGGGACGGUAGCAGCAAGGCCACACACAUCCCCAGCUUCUCCCCUGAGUUCAGUUCUGAGGUGUUCAGUACAAGCAGGGGAGAGGAUCAACCUUGUGAACGGGCUCAGGAAAACUCUAGUCCACUUCCGUUCUCUGGUUAUGAAGUCCAGAGGCUCAAAAGAGACAGGCUGAUGGCAAGCAACAACAGAAUCCGAGACUCAGGGCCGUCGGCAGACGAAUUCUCUCAACCUUCGGAAGAGCUGGGCAGCGCUUUGCCAGCAUCAAGCCUGUCUGGGAGGCCAGACUCCUCAGGGUCCAGCGCCUCCACAGAAGAGCCAGAGCUGGGCAAGUGCAGCCACUGUGGACGCACCUUUCUGUCCCUCAGGCUGCAGAGACACUCCACCGUCUGUGGCAGGGUGCAAGGGUCCAAGAGGAAAGUGUUCGACUCCUCCAGGGCCCGGGCUAAGGGCACAGAACUAGAGCAGUACUUGAACUGGAAGGGGCCAGACACAGCUAAGACUGAACCUCCUCGGAAGAGCACCUGGAGACAGAAGCAUGAGUCUUUUAUCCGUACCCUCCGUCAUGCUCGACAGGUCCAGCAGGUCAUCGCCAGAGGUGGGAAUCCCUCAGACUUGCCUCCCGUCCUGCCUGCAGAAAACCCAGACUAUGUCCAGUGUCCUCACUGCAGCCGCCACUUUGCUCCCAAGGUGGCUGAACGACACAUACCUAAGUGUAAGACCAUCAAGAACCGUCCUCCGCCUCCAAGGAGGCAUGACAGCUGAGCAGACCGUGGCUGAGACCGCCUUGCUUAGUCCAGAAGGCUGUGCUUCCCUUCAACCGUCAACCACAGGAUAAGUGCUAGGAAGCAGGGAGAAAACAGAACUUUUCCAGAUCUCAGGACCUGCCUGCUGAGCAAAACCAGGCAGGAGGAGAGCCUGCUGCCUGGCAGGGGGCAGGUGGGAGCCCCACCUUCUUCUCUCUGGAUCCUCACUGUGGCUGUGUUUAUGUUCUUGCCUGAAGAAUUGGUGGGUGAGGGCACUGGGCAGUGAGGCUGCAUUAAAGCUCUCUUCUCCUGAGCCCGACCA